CGACACAACCGUGUAAAAACUUAUCAUGUGACUCGACAUGGGAAAGUAAAAGUAGAAGAAACAUCCUCAUCAUCUGCAAGAAAUCGUCAUUUAUCAUGUUAAAACCUAAAGCGCUCACACAAGUUUUGAGUCAGGCUAAUACAGGAGGUGUUCAGAGCACACUACUCUUGAACAAUGAAGGUGCCUUGUUGGCUUACUCUGGCUAUGGAGACAAGGAUGCCGCUGUGACAGCAGCCAUUGCCAGUAAUGUGUGGAUGUCGUACCAGAAGAGUGGGACCGUGGCCUUCAGUGAUGACAAACUCAAGUACAUUAUGUUAGAAUGUGAGGAAGGUAAAGUUGCCAUUACAAAGGUAGCCAAUCUUUUAUUGUGCAUUUGUUCAAAAGAAAAUGUUGGAUUUGGAAUUCUAAAGGCAAAGAUGGAGGCAUUAGCAUUAUAUCUUGAAGAACCUUUAUCGCAAGUAGCUGCAUCUUGACACAGAACAUGCUAAUUAUUUGUCUUAAUUAGAAGAAUGUGUUCAAGUAUUGUCUUGAAAGAACUCUUUAAAAAAAAAAGUUAUGAAUGUAAUUUUGAAAUGUCAUCUUGGAGCAGAGUUUGAAAAUGUAUAAUUUUUCUGAUGCUUAACGCAUUAUGUUGGGUCUACAGUAUAUGUCAAUUCCAUGUUUUAUUUCAAAACUUAAUAUGUAGAAUUAAGAUGUUAUCUUACAAUUCAUACUGGAUUAAUGAAGUGUUUUUGUACCAAAAUUAAAGAGCAUGCAUUUGAUAAUCAUUCAAUUUGUUUAAAACUCAGGUUUGGAAUAGUAUACAUCAUUCAAAUAAAUUGACAUUAAUUUCAAUUUUAGAACUUUUUUAAUAUUAUUAUUACAAGUACAGCUGCAAUUCAUUUAUGAAUACUGAAUUAUGUAUUGCUGACAAAAGUACCUGUUUUCAUUAAAGGCAUUUAGUACA